AUGGGCAACAAAAAGUCGAAAGACCAGGAAGAUAAAGCAUUAUCGCCAUAUAGCAGCUGGGGCCACUCGCUGGACGAUUUGCUGUGCGGGGAUGGAAAAAUUUGUGAUGAUCGUUGGACGCCGAUUUCGCUGAGCGCGUGGAACGGUGAAAACGAAUCAGGCUCCGGGGGCUGUGGAAGUGGUUCGGGAUGGGGUACGAGGUGGAAAUAUUGGUCAGCGCAGCUACAACGAUUAUGCGACGUCACCGAACAGUACCGCUCGGGCAACGCGGUCGUUCGCUUGAUCGAAAUGCGCAGGAGGCGCGAGCAAGAAAAGAAAUAUCGCCAGCUUUCCGUUCACCACCUCCUGGAGCCACAGAUUCAUCAAGCUCCGGCUCGACAGGCCGUCGCA